AUGGACCUCGGUCGGGCGGCGCGCGACCUCAUCCUGCGAGCCACCGAUGUGGACUACCCCCUCGCCGUGCACUGGCUCUACGACCUCGUUGUGUCCUUCUACUCGCACAGCCAGGGAGGGGGCGCCGGUGCGAAGGCGCUGCUGGAGGGCACGAGCAUAGUGUCCUACAUCGCCAGAUCGGAUUACACCUGCUGUCAGGUGCUCGCGUGGCUCGCUGUGUACUGGUCGCCCUUUGAUGUGGUCUACCGCGCCCUGGCUACGCCACGGCACCCCGCGCGGCUGGCCUGCGUGAGCAUGGACGCCCUGGACGCCAUAACGACGGCCUGCGCCAUGGUCGACAAGGCCGCCGGCGUCCACCCUCGGAACGCCCUGCUGCCCGCA